AUGCCCGACACAGACAACUACAUCCUCAAACGCAGCGGCUGGCUCCUCCUCCUCUUCAUGACCCGUGCCUCCGCAACCAUGUUCCACCAAUGCGCCUGCACCAACUUCCUAAUCCGAGAUUUAGAAAACGCACCGCCAUCUUCUCAAAUUAGUCCUCGGGAUCGCCGCUGUGAAUCCUGUAAGCGGAGAUCGAAGAGGAAAAAUUUGAGGUGGGAACGGAGGGCUAGGAUGAGAGGAACGAGAACUCCAAUAGGGACUUUGAUGUGGAAGGAGGAGAAGAGUAAGGAGAGGAUUAAGGUCGUGGUUAAGGAGGUGGUUUUGGGUGGGAUGGUUGCUGCAGGGUGUUUAGCGUUGUGGAAAAUGAGGGGGGUGUGGGGGUGGUGGGGGGUACCGGCAGGGUUUGGGGUUUGGGGAGCGUUUGGGAUGGAGGGGUUUCGGGAAGAUGAUGGGGAGGAUGAUGAUGGGGAGGGUGAUUGGUUAUGA